AUGUCCUUCUUCCGCAUCACCCUCCACCGCUCGGCCAUCGGCCUGCCCAAGCGCACCCGCGGCGUGCUCGCCGCGCUGGGCCUCCGCCGGCGCAUGCAGACCGUCUUCCACCCCGUCACCCCCGACUUCGCCGGUAUGGUCUUUAAGGUCAAGGAGCUGGUGCGCGUCGAAGAGGUCGACCAGGCGCUGAGCAAGAAGGAGGUUAAGGCCGAGAGGACGCCGGCGAGGGGGUUCUGGGUUGAGCGUGCGGCGCCGAGGUAA